GAAAACGAAGCGUCAUCUUCGUGCUCGAUUCCCACCGAACUUCAGCCUUCGAUCGCUUGGAAAUCUCCGUCUUAGAGGAUGCCUCAUCCCAUUCUCGCGUGCUUCCGGGGCGGCGGCGGCGGCGGCAGCGAGGCGUCCGCGUCGACCGCCGCAAUGCGGAGCCGGACGACCUCCGUCUACGAGACUCGCCUCGCUCUCGCAGCGCUCAGUUGGUCCCGUACCGUCCUCGGCUUGUCACUUCGCGCCGUUCUCCGCCUCAAUGGCGAACAAGAAGGGGAUGCGCGAGAGGAGCCCCUCGUUUUCCGCAUCAGGCCGUGGCUUUUGUGGAAGCGGCGCGGCUCGAGGCGGUUCCGCUUCAAUGACGGCGGUGGCCGGCGCCGCUCCGUGGACUUCGUGUGGGACCUCAGGCGCGCGAGCUUCCCACCUUGGGGCAGCUGCGAGCCCUCCGGAGGGUUCUUCGUCGCAGUCUCCGUCGACGGUGAGAUGCUCCUCGUCGCUGGGGAUAUGAUCGACGAAGCGUACAAGAAGGCCAAGGUUCAGCAGAGUCCCGCGUGCAGGGCACUGGUAUCGAGGUUGGAGCACGCGGUGAUGGGUGAGUAUAGCGGCGGCAGGAGGUCGUACCGGACCCGCGCCUGGAUCGGCGACCGGUACCGCGAGAUCUCAAUCGAACUCGGGGCGAAGGAGAAGGGGAAAGAAAUGUGGAUGUCGGUGGAGAUCGACGGCAAGCGGCUCUUGUUCGUGAGGCGUCUCCGGUGGAAGUUCCGGGGGAACGAGAGAUCGGAGCUCGACGGAGGCUGGAUUCAUUUCUCCUGGGAUCUCCACAACUGGUUCUUCCAGUCUAAGGACCGCAAACCGAUACCGCCAGCCGCCGGCGCCCGCGACUCCGCCCCGGAAGAGCUAGGGCACGCCGUGUUUCUGCUUCGGUUCGAGGGCCCGCAGAAGUCAAGUCCUCAGCGAGAGGAUAAUUUUACCAGAAGUUCAAUCUUCAGAAAUUGGGUGACCGAGAGAUACGAUAGAAAGACGGGGUUCAUUAAUUGGAGCUGGAGUGGCAGUGGAGUUGUCGGCGAGCAUAGAAGGCGAGGGAGGAAGAGCAGCACGCAGAAAUCCAGCUACUCCUCUUCGGCUUCGUCGGCCUCGUCAGCUAGCACUUGGUCGGUGAUGGAAUGGGCGAGCCCAGAGGAAGUGGAGCUGCGGCGAGUGCAGGGCUUCUCCCUACUUGUCUACGCCUGGAAGAAUUGAUCCACUGGAGAACAAUUUGGGGGAUGGAACCAAGCCCACAGUUUGGGUGGCUAUUCACUCUUCUGAAUUGUGGGGACUCAGAGACUACAUAAGUUAUGUGAGCUUUCUUGCUUCCGUAUGCCAAUUUUGUCUGUCUGUUCUGGUUCCACGUGCUUGGGCAAUUUGUGGUCAAUUGUCCGUGCAACAACAGUUCUAUCACAUGAAAUUAAUAGUUUGAAGUUCUUCUGUUACUGUAACAGUGAGAACAAGCUGCAACAGUUUGUUAAUGUGAUUUUUUAGUAAAUUUCUCAUCUCCAAUUUAGUUUAGGACUUAAUUGAGAUUAUCCCGUUUGUAUCUUGAUCCCAUUUGCAUAUUGUAAUUGAAAAUUGUAGUAUAUUGUUAGUUGAUUUGCUUCAACAGAAGGAUAUGUAUGGGUUUAUAAAUCAUACUACGUAGCAUUUGAAAACCAUAAUAUAUUGAUUAAAAAACAUUAGUAUAUGAGCUCAUAAAUCGUAGUAUAUGUGAUUAACUGAUUAUAAAAUAUGUGAGAUUCAAAAUCCUAGUUUAUCAUACCUGCCAUAAUUAAAUAGUAUGAUAAGAAUCCAGUGACAACCAUUAUGAUAUGUUGAAAUAAGCUUUAGACAAAAACCACAAUACAACCUCAAGAACAAUCAAAAUGACAAUCAUUUUAAUAUGUUGAAACACUAGACAACAUCGAUGGCAUCCAUAAGAAGAGAGCAUAAGAUUUUUGGACUUUUUCAUUGAGUUCAUGGAAAGUUUUCCACAUCAACUAACGCAAUUAGUGCACUUCAAAUACGAGUCAACUAGCUUUAAUGUUACAGUCUGUUCUUUUAUUAGUCAUUUAUUCAUUUUAGUUGAAGUUUUUUAAAUUCAUGAGAUGGAAGUCUUUAUUAAUGAAUGGUGAAUUUGGAAAAGGUGAGCUUUUCGACUUCAGAUGCAGCAUUGUAUUCUUGACUUGCUAUUCCAUCUUACUGAAGUUUAAUGUCUUCUGCUCAUUGUAUUCUUUGAAUUGUGUGAUUCAUUUCAUUUGUUUGCUUGAC